AACCUGUGCCUUUUUCCAUUGGAUAGCCACAUUUUAGAACACCCACCACUCUGCCUUCUAAAUACGUUAGACUGUGUCUGAAGGCAGGACUGUCUCAUUUGUACGUUUCCUAAGCUUCCUGACACCCAGCAGGCGCGAAAUCUGUCAUAGUGCUGGAAACACCUGAAUUCCAAUCCCGACUUUGCCACUGACUCUUGUGUAGUUCAAACAUUAUGUUGCUUUCCUUCUCUGGCCCUUAGUUUAACCAUCUUUAUAACGGGAAUAGUGGCAAAAUCGUAUGUGGAAGAGCUUGCAGGUUCACUUCAAGUUAUCACAGAUUUUAACUAGAAGGAAACUCUGGGAAUCUAGGCUGAAAAUAGAGUCAACGUUUAGCACCUGGUUAAUUUCCAAACCUUGUUCUCUCGCCCUAGGCCACCCCCCCUUUCCUCUUCCACUGUCGCCCUACUUUUCUUUUUCAAAAUUCCCCUCUAGAGGGCGCGCAAGCUCUGCGGCUUUCCUGCCUCACUUCCGUUCGCCUUCACUCUUCAUUAUGCGCAUGUGCAGAGUUUGCUUCCCGCUGCCCGUACCUCGUUCAGAUGGUUUAGCCAAAGGUUGCGCCCACUACGCCUGCGCCAUCCCAACCACGCCCCUCUGCCGCCGUCCCCGGAAACGCUUCCUUCCUACGCGGCCUUUCCUACCGCUGCGGUCGCUGGCGCUUUGCCUCUCUAGGCCGGCAGGCCCUCUCCUCCAUGGUCCUGUCUGUCAGCACAGUUUCGGUAGCCGGCCGGUGAGGCCGGGCCACGCUCCGACGCUUCGAUCCUCUAGUCUGUCACUGGGCAUGGCGGGCCAGUUCCGCAGCUACGUGUGGGACCCGUUGCUGAUCCUGUCGCAGAUCGUCCUCAUGCAGGCCGUCUAUUACGGCUCGCUGGGCCUGUGGCUGGCGGUAGUGGACGGGCUAGUGCGAAGCAGCCCCUCGCUGGACCAGAUGUUCGAUGCCGAGAUCCUGGGCUUUUCCACCCCUCCAGGCCGGCUCUCCAUGAUGUCCUUCGUCCUCAACGCCCUCACCUGUGCCCUGGGCUUGCUGUACUUCAUCCGGCGAGGGAAACAGUGUCUGGAUUUCACUGUCACUGUCCAUUUCUUUCACCUCCUGGGCUGCUGGUUCUACAGCUCCCGUUUCCCCUCGGCGCUGACCUGGUGGCUGGUCCAGGCUGUGUGUAUUGCACUCAUGGCUGUCAUCGGGGAGUACCUGUGCAUGCGGACGGAGCUCAAGGAGAUCCCCCUCAACUCAGCCCCUAAAUCCAAUGUCUAGAAUCAGGCCCUUUGGACACCCUACUGGCAUUUGGGCCCCCCAAUAUCUUGGGCUGCUCUGACCCUUCAAAUGAGGUCCAGCCCAGGUCUAAGAGGAACCCUGGAAAUGUGAAGUCUCUGUUGGUGUGGGAGAAAUAAUGAGGCCCUGUCAAGAAGGCAGGUAGCAGUCAGGAUCACAGCUAUAAGAAUGGCCUCUGUCUGCUGAAGUCUUGGUAUCUGCAAGGUCAGGAAGGGGACCUCUUUAAGAGUAAUAACAGAAUUGGAACCAUGCCACUCUUGAGCCACCAUACCUUUCACCAGCCUGUUAUUUUUAAAAAGAAAAAAAAUCAAGGAUAUCUGAUUGGAGAAAACCACUCUUCUGAUCAUCUGUCUGACCUCCCUGGAACAGCUGUUACCUUUGCCAUGUUGCCGAACCACAGCAAUUCUGUUUGGAGAAACACUUGGUUUCUGGAUCCAUAGCCACAGAAAGAGAUGUAGGUGCAAUGGAUUAGGCUGCUGUCAGGGAGAGGACGGCAGAUGGAGGCAUCAAGCACAAGGAAAACACACAACCUGUGUCCUGUUACACGCAUGUGAGCGUGCACCCAAGAACCCAUGACUUUCUUCCAGAUCCCUCUCCUGAGUCCCCACCCUGCUGCCAGCCCUCAACAUAGCAGGCCACAGGACCCAGAGAAGAAUCCCAGCAUCGCUCCCAAUCUGACCCUCAUAGUACAGACACUGCCUGUUCUCUAAGAUUGACCAGGCACCCCAGCUUCCACUGGACCCCCAUUCUUUUUCCUGCCUUAUUUGGAAUUCUGUGGUGGGAAGGGUAGGAUGGGUGCCCAGAGCAAGAAGCCCUGCCUUCCAGCCUGGGCUAUACUGCUAAUGCUGAGGGAGAUAGGAAUUUGCUGCUAAGGUUUUUCUUUAGGGUAGAGUUUCCUAUUGUGAGGGGCGUGCAGCUGUCCUUCCUAUGUACCUAAAUACAGUAUUUUCCACGGUUCUGCCUG